UCUGACUUCCAGGGGGAAGGGAAACAGGAUCCACUAACUGUCCAUAGUAGCCUGCACAUGGCAUAUCUGUCAUCUUGGCCGAGUGAACAUGUGUCCAUUAAAAAAAAUGCUGAGCUGACAGCACUUUGAUGGAGGCUUUAUGUGUAAACAGUGAUGGAGGCUGAGGCUACCUCAGUGAUGGAGUCCAUAUCUACAAGCAUCCUGAACGUGAGGACGACUGAGAGGAGGAGGAGUUAAGCCAUGCCGAUGCUGGAGGUCAUCUGCAGCCUGAUUGGUUGGCUGUGUCUCUACUUCUUGUUCGUCUGCACCUUCACUCAGCGGGGACCCGAGUGGAACUGUCGCCUGGUCACGUUGUCCCACGGCGUCCUCAUAGUGCUGCUCACAGCCUACGUUGUUUUCGUAGACGGACCCUGGCCCUUCACGCAUGCAGGUACAGAAAACACAGAGCUCCAGAGCUUCGCCCUGGCUGUGUGCCUCGGCUACUUCUUCUUCGACAUGGGUUGGUGUGUAUGCUACCACACGGAGGGCCCCGUCAUGCUUGCACAUCAUGCUGCCAGUAUUGCAGGCAUCCUGCUGGCUUUACUGAUGGGAGUCUCAGGCUGUGAAACCUGCGGGGUCAUCUUUGGCAGCGAGAUCACCAAUCCCCUGCUGCAGACCCGCUGGUUCCUCCGCCAGGUGGGCCUGUACGACAGCCUGCUGGGCGACGCGGUGGACCUGCUUUUUAUUUUACUGUUUGCCACUGUUCGCGUGGGAGUCGGCACGGUGAUGUUUUACUGCGAGCUCACCUCUCCUAGGACUUCACUGAUAAUGAAGCUUGGUGGAGUGGUUAUGUAUGGGCUGGCGUGGGUGUUCAUGGUUGACAUAGCCAGAUUUGGCUACAAGAAAAGCAAGGCUAAGUAUAAAAGGUGGAUAGAGAACCACAAACUCAAAGACGUGGACAGACAAAAGGUGGGUGGACAUUCAGACAAGAGUGAAUGAAAAGCUAAUGUUCUGUUUAAGGGCUUCAAAAGCUCUAAAGGUGCUAUGUAUAGCAUGAGAAUAAUAAAAGAUUACUAAAUAUUUUUAAUAUGCUGUAUAUUAUGAGUCCCCAAAUCAAAGAGAAAAGUUAUGUAUGCGUAUCAUGAGCACGCUCUAACCUUGUUUUAAAAUGCCAUGGGCUGCUUCAUAGAAAAAGGUUUAAGUUGUAUUAGCAACAGUCAGUAGUCUAAAUGUCUGAGGUUUUUGCACCCUUACCCAAAAAGUACCAGCAAAUUUAUAGUGAUGGAACAAAACAUUCAUAGCACAGAAUGUCCUGGAGUAUUACUACAGAAAUCAUCCGAGCAGAAACUCCAUGAUAGCUACACGGUGGGACUCUAUACAGGGGUGCCUCCAGAUUUUUAUCAUAGGGGUGGCCAUAUGGGGGCCACUAAAAAAUAGGCUACUUGAAAAAUAUGGCGAAAGAAAAGAAUUAUAUGCCUAUUUAAUUUCCUGCAAUUAAAAUUUAUAUAACUGAAAAUAGGUACAUAUGAAAACAAAAUAAGAUUUUGAAAUCUAUACUAAAGCUGUUUUAAUUGAUUGAUUGAUUGAUUCAUUUACUGGAAGUCCCAACCAUCACUUUAAUGAUUCUCAGCACAGCCUAGCAGAAGCAGCUUAAGAUUCAUUCUCACAGAGUAGAGUUAACUCUAAGAGCAAACUUGUUCAGGAAAACAAGUCAGUGUUGGAUCAUGUAAGAGUGUGAACUGUUGUCUGUCUCUAUGCUGGCCCUGAGAUGCAACAGGAUCUGUCCAGUCCUGCAUCUGUCCAGGGAUUGGCACCAGCUUUUCUGCAGCCUGAUAUGGAUCAAAUACCUGUAAAUAAUAUGGUAAACAAAUACUAUCAGUCACUGUGUAUCAGUCACUAUCAGACCUUCAUGUGUUUCAGAAACAACUACUUACAGGUACAAAACAAAUAUUCUUUUGGAAUCAAAACAGUUUUAUCUGCCUGUCACUAAAAUAUUACCAGCACAGAACAGUCUUGCUUCGGGGGCAGCCUGGUGGGGCACCUGUUUCUAUCAUUAUAUAAACAUGUUAUAGUGGGAGAAGCACAUGUGUAAUCAGAAAACACAUCAAAUCUCAGUGGGGAAAAUAGUCAUGCUGGAUAUCUAUACUGAUAUAGAUAACUUUUGAAAUGAAAGGAUGACACUUGGAAAUUAAAUGGAAAUGAAAAGAAUGAACCUAUAGAGGACUGAAUUCAAAGACACCCCCACAAUCAAGAAAUUAUGCAGUAGGCUAGUCCUUUUUGCUUGUAUGCAUGCUCCUAAUGAGACGACGGAUGGUGUCCUGGGAGAUCUCCCAUAUCAGGGCAUCACUGAGCUCCUGGAACGUCUGAGGUGCAACCUGGCGGCAUCAGAUGGACCACAACAUAAUGACCCCGAGGUGAUCUGUUGGAUUUAUGUCAGGCGAGCGUAGGGGCCUUUUCAGUGGUAUCAAUUCCUUUAUCCUUCAGGAACUGCCUGCAAACCAUGGCCACAUGAGGCAGGGCAUUGUUGUUUGGAGAUGCACAGCUAUACCGCCACAGACCUUCACUGACCUACCACCAAACUGGCUGUGCAGACAGAUGUUACAGGCAGUAUAAUGUUCAUAUGCACAGAGCGCCAGUGAUGGACCUGCCAAAUCUACGGCAAAUGCCAGUCAGGGUCCACAGUGCCAGUCAGUGAGCACAGGGCCCACUCAAGCACGUCGGUCCACCCUCAUCAAGUCUGUUUCUGAUUGUUGUUUGCUCAGAGAUUUUUACACCUUUUCAUAAUGGAGUUAUUGUUACUUGCCAUUUGGAAAAAGUAGCAAAUUAUCCCGCUGCGUGACAUAUGCGAGUGGUUUGUAGGACAUCUCAGCUAUUUUGCAUUUUUACAAAAUGUGUCAAACAGUUUGUUGUUUUUUAACUACCACGCGUGCUUUGGAAAUGUUCCUGGAUGUAGAGUUCAGCUAAAGGAGGGCACUGAUCAUGUAGCUUUUUUGAAUUACUGCUUAGUGACCAACAUCUAGGUUGUAUUGUGUUUUUAUUUUGUUGAAUUAUUUAAUUAAAAAAAUACUAAUUUAAUUGGUAAUUCUGACAUCUUGUCUCCUUUUUUGUUACUUUCACACAUCCUAAGGACUUUUCAGGGACAGCACCUGUAUAAGACUGAUAAAGUUUUUUCAUAAAGUUUUAAUAAGUGUUUUAAGGUGUUCAGUUGGGUUGAGAUCUGAUGGCUGCAAAGAGCAUUAAUAACAGCUCAGUUUUAUAAUCAUCAAACAGUUCUUUGACCCACUUCCCUUUGGAUCACCCAGAAUCUCUUCUAAGGGGACAACUGCACUGAAACCAGGCUCAACAGCAUAACAAAGUCACCUCAUUGUAGCAUUCACAUUUUUUCCCUUUAAUUUAGUCUAAAUGUCUAAAUCAAGUUUCAUUCAGUACUGUAGAUACAUGUUUGCUAUUAGAUGUUUUCUGUUAGUUUGUCGUUUCCACUGCUGUUCCAUCAUGUUAGUGUUUUCCUUUUUGUUUUUUUAAGGACUUUUUUGUGAGCAUUUUGUCUUUUUUUUUCCAUCUUCAUUGUGUUUUAUUUAAUGUCUGUUGUGUUUUUAAAAAAAUAUAUUUUUCUUUAUUUUUGCUAGGCCGCUGUAGUUGACUAUAUACUAGACUAGAAAUAGUAAUAGUAAAUCUCAUUCACUAAAACUGAAGCACAAGCUUGUAUAUGAAUGUAGUAUAUUAUAUUUCCUUCUCUGGUAUAGAGGAAGGCCAUAUUAUAUACUACAUACAUUUAAUAAAGAUACACCAAAACCAUAAAAAUUGUUACGUUUCAUAAGUCAGAGCACGUGUGAAAACUAUCUACACAGGUCAAGCGUGUUUUGUUUUUAGUUUUCUUUUCUAUCAGGAUAAAAACAUGCAUUUAAAUGCCAUUAAGAUACUAAGUUGGGCAUUUUAAUAUGGGAAGCUGCCUCCAGAGCUUGUCUUAAGUAGACAUUUGAUGAACUUUUUUCGGCACUUAUUCGCUCUUAGCAGCAUGAAGAGGUGAAACUGUACUUUACAAGACUUAAUCAAAGACGGCAUCUAUAUUGAUGCAUUUAAAUUAGUCAAAUCCUGUAGAGUCCCACGUUAAGUCAGCUAGCAUUAACUGACAGGUUACACUCCACUGCUCCUUCCUUCUAGCUCUAAAAACACCAGAUGAUUAGACCCAUAAUUUAAAAUCAGAGGUUUCAUAAUGGGUCCUUACAAAGUGAUGUUAUACUCCUCUUGUAUGUCUAUAGAGUGGAUCUGAUUGAGAAACCAGUCAAACUGUAUCCCGAUACCAUAGCAACCUGUCAAUCACAAGACUGGUGCAUCCUAAACCCUGAUUUAUUAUCGUAAUAGGGAAUACAAACUAAACAUCAUGUUCCAUUGAUGCACAUGAAAACUGUUUACUCAGUCAAUCAGCAGUAGGGUCAUUUUCACAUAGACUUCUGUACAACCAGACUUCUUUUUAUAACCAGAUGUACUGCCCCCUGCUGGCCAGUAGGACAAAAACAAGUUUAAGGCACUUGAGCAUUCGCUUCACUUUUCAGGGCAAAGUUUAGCUCAUUUUUUAAACAUGUCUGUUAUCUCGCUUCCCCAUCAAGAUGAACUAAAAGUAAACAAAAAUUCCCAUUCAUCUUUUCCUUAAUUUUCACAAAAAAGGAGCUUCUUGUGUCAUAAACGUGUUAACAGAGUUAAUAACAAUGUAACAAAAAAUAUAACAUUUAAAAUAACAUUUAUAAAAUGGAUUAA